UCCUGUGCACUAUUCUUCUUCCCAUGGCGAAAAACCUUCUCCUCCUCCUCACCUCGCGACGCCGCCUCCUCUCCUUCGCCAACCCCAAGCCAUCGUCGGUCUCCUUCUCCCUUGAGGCAGAGUCGCUGGUCUUCUUCUCUCUUGACCCUCAGCCACCAGCCUCCUCUUCCCCGAGCCCUCACGUGGCUUCCCUUCCUCGCGAUCUCGCCACGCCGAUCGCCUUCUCGCGCUCUUCCUUCUCUCAGCAUCGUCUUUGCCUGACAUCGUCGACGCCCGACGUCGCGCCACUCGCCUCCCAUCGCCGAUGCAACCCUAGCAGCGGUACUCAUCCCGAUCCCCUCCCUCUCCCUCUCCCUCUCGCGGCGCUAUGCCCUAGCAGUAAUUUUGGAGAUAGCCUUGAAUUCUGGAUAGAUUUGGAAGAUUGUGAGAUGAUUUCGAUGUUGGUCCCAUUGUGGCAUGCUAGUCUCAGAUUUCUGGAUGGAUUUGGGUUAAUCGAGGACGUUGAUUCGAGAUGAGCGUCACGACGUGGGUUUUAGUCUUAUACGAUCGACAGAUAAAGGUAACAGGUAGAUGAUUGAGAAGUUACUUGGAGAGUCCCGACUGACAGUCCCACGUCACACUCGAGGAUAGUCUUCUUUUUGGUUUUGUUUCUCUUCACUUGCAUUUCGCAUUCGUUGGAUUUGGUGUUGUGAGAACUAUGUUUUGAGACUUGUCUUGUGGGCUUUGUAUCUACGAUGUUUUGUGGACUUUGCAUUUGUGGGUUUUCUUUCCAUUGUUUCGCUGUGUUUUCAGUGCAGCCGUGUGGGCUAUUAGUGUUUUAAACUGCGUGUGGGUGUUGUUGUCUUGUUCCAACCGAGUAGGCUGUAUUAUAUAAAUUGUGUAGUUGUGUUUA